AGGACCCCAGGAGAUGGAGGUUGACCACCAGGAGUUCCCCUCCCAGCCAAGACUCCAGGUUCCAGGAUCCCAGGAGAUGGAGGUUGACCACCAGGAGGUCUCCACCCAGCCAAGACCCCAGGUUCCAGGACCCCAGGAGAUGGAGAUUGACCACCAGGAGGUCCCCACACAGCCAAGACUCCAGGUUCCAGGACCCCAGCAGAUGGAGGUUGACCACCAGGAGGUCCCUACCCAACCAAGACUCCAGGUUCCAGGACCCCAGGAGAUGGAGAUUGACCACCAGGAUGUCCCUACCCAGCUAAGACUCCAGGUUCCAGGACCCCAGCAGGUGGAGAGUGAUCACCAGGUGGUCCCCAACCCAGCCAAUACUCCAGACUCAACUGCUCCUGUGAGGGCAAGAAGACCACCACGACCUGAGCCGACUCUUGAACAAUGCCUGCAGGAAGCAAACUACCUUGUCCAGCAGGAAAUGGAGAUGAGGUGGAUGGCGGAGAACAGCAGAGCCAUCGAAAGGGCAAAGCUCGAGGAAAUGGAGAAGACACUGCAGGAGGAGCGCAGCUUGAGACUCAAGCAUGAAGAGGAGGUGCAGAGGCUCCAAGAAAAAGUCAAAUCUUUGAGUCAAAGAGAAGAACUGACUGCCUGUCAGCUGGAGGUGAACACCAGCUCAGGCCUCAAGCUAGACGUUAACUCUUAGGCUGCUGAGGACAUCAGAGAUGACAACGCUCCUGACAAGGUUCCUGAAACACAGCAGAGGCCUUCUCUGUGGAGGAGAUUCAAGAAGUUUGUCACUCCAAAACACCGCCAAAAAUACAAGAACUGAUCCACUGGUCCAGCUGACCAGCAGGGAAACAACAACACAGCGCAGAGGUUCAGUAUUCAGUCAGCUGGACGUGAAGUCUGGCUCCGGCCUCGAACUGGACGUGAAGUCCGGCUCUGGUUUUGAAUUGGACAUGAAGUCCGGCUCCGGUUUUGAACUGGACGUGAAGUCCGGCUCCGGCCUUGAACUGGACGUAAAGUCCGGCGCCAGCCUUGAACUGGACGUGAAGUCCGGCUCCAGUUUUGAACUGGACGUGAAGUCCGGUUCCGGCCUUGACCUGGACGUGUAGUCCGGCUCCGGCCUUGAA